AGUGGUUUUGUGCUCCCUGAAGCUCUGACCGAGGCAGCACGAGAACGUACAGCCAGACUGGACACGUCUGAUGCUCUGGAGCUCAGUGAGAGAACGUACCUGGAGCUAGUGUGCGUGCUGCAUGAGGCCCUGGAGCUCAGUGACGUUGAGCUGUCAGGAUGUGCUAGUUUAAAGCACCUACCUCCUGAUGAGAGACAGCACAUAGUCUCUAUGAGACAAACAGACCUGGAGUUUGUGAGAACCUGCCUUGAUCUAGAGAACAGACAAAGCCAACAGCAAGAGCUACUGCUGGAGGAAAACCAGAGAGAGAUACACACACUCAGAGAGAGCCAGGUGCUGGAGUACCAGAUGCAGACCGAGCUUGAGAGUGUGAAGGCAGAACUAGAGACUCAGAGACAAGAGAUGGAACAGCUUCGGCUGGAUCUACAGGACAGCAUCAACCAGCUGCAGAGAAACCAGCAGGAACGCAGUAUUACCAACAGAAAUAAUAGGAGAACCACCUUCAAGUGGUUCAUAGCUCACCCAGUGAGAUCUAUAAUAAAUACUCUAAAUACUCUAAAGAACCUUAGUAUGGAGAGAACAGACAGAAAGAAUGGAAGAGUGGGCCAUUACAGCUAUAUACCAAAUGAAAGCUAUAAAAAGGCACCAGCAGUGGAGAAACGGACCUCACAGAUGAGACUGAAAAGGAGAGAGAGUGAGCUAGAUAAUCAGAAGAAAGAAAUGGUGCAGAAAACGCAGAUCUGUUCAAUGGUCUCUGAUUUGUCCAAUCCUUUGCAAGCUCCUGAGAGCUCCCAACUACCCCUGCUCGCUGAGGCUCAAUGACAUUAACACAACUUAAGAGCAUGCAGUAUUAUACAACUGUGCUUUUUAAUAUUAAACAAUGUUAUAAUAUUUCCUAAUUCUUGUUUCUCUCUAUAUAUGUGUGACACAAACACACAUCAGAGUGUUGAUAUACAGUGCGUCUCUGCACUAGUGAUUGGGGGAUUUCAGUGAAACUUUCUGGAGGUUUUAUAAUUAUGCCAGAAGUUGGCGACAUGUGACUGUUUUUAUGAGUGAGUCAUAUGAAUCAUUCAUCCAACUGAUUCAUUUACAAACACGGAUUCACUUCAUGAAUUAAUGAACGACACAAGUAACUGUUACUUUAAUGAGUGAGCCACUGAAUCAUUUACUCAGCCGAUUUGUUCUAAAAUGCGGAUUUAAGGUGUGUUCAUACCAUUCAUGUCCUCAUAGAGCUCCACCUGACCACCUCAUAUUUAGAUAUUGUAAUAAUUCCAAAUCCAAGGGUGUGAAGAAGAGCUCCAAGAAGAAGGUCACGUGUGUAAUCACAUGGCCUGAAUGCAGCAUAAUCCCGAAUGGAAACAUUAAAGGUACAUUUUUUUAAUUAAUAUUUUUAUAUUUACAUCCCUUAACACUGGCAACGUCGCGGUGGUUUGGAAUUAUAUCAGUAACAUCACCAGUAAAUUCAUCAAAAAUAUCUGAGGGAUAAAAAGACAUUCCUGUUCCCAUUUAUCUGAAAGAGUGCAAAAAUCUGGUGUUUAACAACAAACAUGCCUUUGGAUUUAACAUUAAUCCACUGUGUGGGAUCAUUUCCCAACUGUUCUCUGCACAUAGUCUCUUUUCUCAGGAAGAAUUACCUUAGUUCCUUUUGUUCCUCACAGCUGUUCCUCAUUUACAGAGCCAUCUGACAACAUUAGAGAUUCAGAAAAAAAAACGGUGAUGUAUUUUGUUAAUUAAACACAUUCAGUUCUGUGUAGACAGGCAUCAAGGAUAAGUCUCCCCUCAUCAUUUUGUCUGAAUUACUGUCACACAACUCUGUUUGCUUGUUGUGGGUAGAGGAGAAUAGAAGAACAUAAUGGACAGUUUCCAAUAAAGGAAGGCUCCUGGAAGUUAUCAUUAAAUUUCAUUAUACAAGCAGAUAGGAUCACAUGAAUCCAUCUGAAGAACCCAAUUUACAUUAUAUUUGUUGACUUUUUUUUUCUUUCAAUGUAGAAUCAGAUUAUCAGCAAAAUACCAGUGGCCCCACGUAAUAUUUAAAAUGAUCCUCCUCGUCUUCCUCAUUAGUGCUGAUCACUAUAUGAAGUGGGUGGAUGAAUCCCAGCUGGCAUCUGCUCCAUUCAGAUUGCUGGCAUCAAUCCAGCCCAUUAAAGGAUCAAGAGAGGAAAAUCAGUUCAAUUAUUGAAAGAGGGCUCAAUCCUUUGUUCAUGGGAAUUCAAAUAGUACAAGAAAUGCUGUGUUCCCCAAACUGUCUCCUUCGAUUAGAGACUGCUUCCCUGUGGCAAAAUGUCGGUAUUGCAUUAUUAGCUGGUAUUGUAGAGUUUGAUUCCUGUAACUGUAUUGAACCCUUGAAAUACAGUGUGCCAAAAAGCCCAAUAUAGUGUAGUGUCAUAUAUAGUGAGACUUUACCAUGUAGUUUUUUUUAAUACAACUAUACAAAUUUUAUUAUCUUGGGAGUAAAUUAUAUAAUUAUAAAUUAUAUAUAUAUAUAUUUACUCCCAAGAUAAUAACACAGUUGCAAAGCAGUUUAUGUAUUUUAAGUUUCACUUUAAUGGU